AUGCUUGAAAAUGUUAUCAGACCUAAAUUCCCACCCACUUUAACAACAGACAUUCUCCUCGAAAAAUUACGUAAAUCCAAAAAACCUUACUCAAAAAUAAACGCUUAUUUUGUGUAUAGAAUGGAAUUUCAAGAAGAGUAUCAUCGUAACAAUAUUAAAAUACCUACAACCAAAAUAUCCUCGAUCACAAGUAUUUCUUGGAAAGAAGAAUCUGUCGAAACAAAAGCCUUUUAUAAAAAACUUGCAGAUGAUGCUAAAUCUUUAUAUAAACCAAAAGAUUUAUAUUUCGUAGAGGACAAACAUAUGAAGAAGAUUAAAAGUAAUCAAGAAAACGGAAAAGUUUUACCUUCGCGGGUGACAGGUGUAGCAGACUCCGAUUAUGUCGAUCAAACCGUCCAAACCAGCGAUCCUUUUGAAGAGACUAGUGGUCUUCUUAUUGAUGGCUCUUCUGCUUCCAUUAAAUUUUACGAACAUCCAGGGACGAAUUCAGCUGAUAUAGAACUAUUUGGCAUGCUUGAUUCGUAG